AUAUCCAAAAAUAGUUCUUGCACGAAAUGCCAUGAUUCCUUUAUUGUUUUCUUCUUCUCUAUAUAUAGACAUAGCAUAAUCUUUCUAUUUCAUUUGGAUCAAUCUUUUCUAGAAUAAGGCCAGCCCCACAUCAUUACACAAACCAAAAACCAACUUACAAGAAAAAAAAAUACAUCAAUCAAUCAUAUUCCUCCCUCUCCCUUCCCCUCUUUCUCAUCUAUUCUACAAUUUGAUGGCUUCAAUGCAAUGCGACGCCGAGCAGCUGAAGCAGCUAAAGGAGAUCUUCGACCGGUUUGACAUGGACAAAGACGGCAGCUUGACGCUGCUGGAGCUAGCGGCCCUUCUCCGGUCCCUCGGCCUCAAGCCCGAGGGCGACCAAAUCCACACCAUCGUGGCCACCAUGGACGCCAAUGGCAAUGACGCCAUAGAGUUUGAUGAAUUGGUGGAGCUGAUGUUGUCCGAUCUUAGCAAAGAAGCCCCCAACCACGAACAGCUCAUGGGGGUGUUCGAGGCCAUCGACUGCGAUGGAAAUGCCUACAUCACCGCGGCUGAGCUGGCUGGCCAGUUGGCCAAGAUGGGCCAUCCCCUCACCUACAACGAGCUCACCGAUAUGAUGCAUUAGGCUGACGUCAAUGGCGAUGGCGUCAUCAGCUUCCACGAGUUUGCCAACAUCAUGGCUAAAUCGGCUGUAGACACCCUCAGCCUCCCUCCCUCGUGGUUGGAAUCCUAGGUAGCACAGGUUAAGGUUUUCAUCAUAUGGUUAGGAAUGUUCUUGAAAUCAAGAUUGAAUUUUUAUUUAAUGCCAGAAAUUUUUAGAACCAAA